AUGCAGGAGGAGAUGUUCGAAAUGCUCAAAAGGCAGGAAGAGCAGCUUCGGCAAUUCAACUCGCACUUCAAGUUCAAGGAGCAAGAGCACAUGGAAGCUACUCAAGGACAAGGAGAUACUAGUAGGAACAACGAUCCGAUUGUUCAGACGGCAACUACUGGAGGAGAUGCGUUCCAGACAAGGCCUCUACGCCUUGUGCUUCCUCGGCUCGACGGAGAGGAUCCAGAAGGUUGGUGUUACCGAGCCUCACAGUUUUUUGAUUAUUACAAUAUGCCUGAAUCACAGAGAUUUACAAUCUCUAGCUUCAAUAUGGAGGGAAAAGCCUUAGUAUGGUUCCAAGAGUUGCGUAAUAGCAAUAGCCUGACCACUUGGAUUGAUUUCCUUAAGUCUAUUCAAACUAGGUUCGGUAUGAGUCUUUAUGAUGAUCCAAUGGAGUCUCUAGUGUCAUUAAAGCAAACUGGAAACGUGGAAGAGUAUAAAUCUCAAUUUGAAUUGUUGGCUAAUAGAGUUGUCGGAUUGUUGGAGAAUUUGAAAUUGAGUUGCUUCCUUGGGGGUUUAAGUGAGGAAAUUAAACUACCGGUUAGGAUGUUUAAGCCUAAGUCUAUGACAGAGGCCUAUUCCUUAGCCAAAAUUCAGGAGGAAUUAAUGUCUAAUGUCAAAAAAUCUUCUAGAAAUUCCUGGAGUAGCACUUUGCUUCGAAAUUCCAACUUGAUUACUAGCUCUUAUAAACCUAUAGUGAGUCUGCCAGGGCAAUCUAAGAUGUUCCAGAAUAAUCCUAUAUUUGGACAAGUUAAGGGAGGAGAUAAUAGUAGGGCAUUAGUGCUGGUGCAAAAAAUCUCUUCUGUACAAAUGGAAGAAAGGAGGAAGAAGGGAUUGUGCUAUUCCUGUGAUGCUAAGUGGAAUAGGGGACAUGUAUGUGAAGGUGGACCGAAGUUGUUUUUGAUAGAGGAAGUAGAAACUGAGGAGUUAAAGGAGCUUGAUGAAGCUACUUUAAAAGAGGUUGAAGAAGAGGUACCUGAAAUUUCCUUAAAUGCCAUUACUGGCACUCCUACACCUAAGACCAUGAGAAUUGGACAAGAAGCUAUUGCCAAUGGACAGGAAGUUCAUAGUCCUGGCAAGUGUGGGGAAUUAGCUUUGAAAAUGCAGGGAACUGAGUUUUUGGUGGAAUUGUACAUCUUGCCAUUGGCAGGGUAUGAUGUUGUCUUGGGCAUUCACUGGCUCAGAAUGUUGGGCGCAAUUUUAUGGGACUUUGCAACCCUGUCUAUGGAGUUUGAGUAUACUGAUCACAAGUGUGUGUUAAGGGGGUUACAGCAGGUUUUUCUUCAAUUGUUGGGAAAUGAUGUUGAGCUGACUGCCGAUAAACAGCAAGCUGGAAGACCUGAAGACUUAGCUAGCUUGGAGGAACUUUUGUGCAGCUAUGCUGAUGUUUUUCGGGAGCCUACUGAUUUACCUCCACAAAGGAUACAUGACCACUCAAUUCCAUUACAAGAAGGGGUGCAGCUAGUAUCCAUGAGGCCCUACAGAUAUCCCUUUUAUCAGAAGGGAGAGAUUGAAAAGAUUGUGAAAGAGCUGUUGGCUUCCGGGGUGAUCAGACCGAGCACUAGUCCAUUUUCUGCACCAGUUUUGUUGGUCCACAAGGCAGAUGGGGCUUGGAGAAUGUGCAUGGAUUACCGCUCACUCAACAAAGUCACCAUAAAAGAUAAGUUCCCUAUUCCGGUUGUUGAUGAAUUACUAGAUGAGUUGUGGGAUCUGCUUAGAGUUAACAAGCUUUUUGCUAAGCGCUCUAAAUGUAAAUUUGCUUGUAAUGAAGUUGAUACCUUGGGCCACAUUGUAUCUGAACAUGGAGUUAGGGCAGACCAGGCAAUGACACAAGCUCCAGUCCUAGCUUUGCCGAAUUUCACUCAAUCUUUUGUUAUUGAGUGUGAUGCCAGUGGUGUUGGGGUGGAUGUUGUGCUGAUGCAGAAUGGCAGACCUGUUGCUUUCCUUAGCAAGGCUUUGAAGGGUAGGACUUUGCACAUGUCCACAUACGAAAAGUAG